GACCCAAGCUUCUACGACCAAGGCUACGCAGACGGACACGCGCACGGCGCGCAACACGGCGUGUUCGAGGGCCGGCAGCUGGGCCGCGAAAAGGCGUGGGAGGUAUGGGACGAGCUGGGGUUCUACGAGGGGUAUGCGGGCGUGUGGGUGCGGCGGCUGCGCGGCGGCGCGGGGCGGAGGGAGGCCAAAGAGGAAGAGAGAGGAGAUGAGUCGAAGGCUGACAUCAGAUCCGCAGCGCACGCGACAGCACUUUUGGCUCUCAUAUCGAGCUUCCCGACGACCAAUCCCUCGGCCGGCGCGGCGCCGACGACGGCGCAGGAUGUCGCGAUGGCUGCGAUCGAGGCGGACGAGGAGGCGGGCGAGGCGGGGAAGAACGACGCCCCCGCCCCCGCCGGGCGUGGGCGAUCCCCCGACGUCGACCUCGAGGCGCUCCUCAUGUCCAUCCGCGCGCGGUAUCGCCUCCUCUGCACGAGCUUGGGAACGCGCCCGCGGCUCACGGCCGCCAAGGAUGGGAGUGAGCGCGCGGCGGUCGUGGAGGGGAUCGAGGGGCCGAUGAAGGGCGUGGAUACGCGGCAGCUGCGGUUCUAG